UAGUUUUGUUGCUGCGCUAACAAAUCCGUCGUCGCUUCUCGUUCUUGACCAGCGGUCCUUUAAAAAAAAUAAAAAAUAAAAUAAAAUAAUACUAAUAAAAAAUUCCACCGGAAAACAGGAGCUCGGUGAGGCGCUGAACAGUCAACGAAAGCUCGCUUUAAAGGUGUUUAAAUGUGUGUUUAAGAGUAGGCGAGUGUGUGUUUUGGCUCGCGCUGCUGCCUCCCCUCCCUCCCCAGGUCAGUCGCUGAGAGGAGCCUUCAGCUCCCACAUCACUCUGCGGACUCGGGGCUACUAAUAUCGCAGCACCUUUGUUCCAGCGUGGAUAAAAUCCUCCUAAAUCUCACGUUUAUGCUGUUCGGCGUGUGCGCGAUUGUUUACGCGAUAAAAUGGCUGCUGGAAUGCUAACGUUGUUUGGAGGAGAAUGGUGAAUCAAUACCAGCGAGGGUACUAGCCAAAACAAGCUAGUUGGGCUAACGAGCGCCGGGCACUGAAUUCAGCGACUUUCGCUGAUGGUUUGCACUUGUGGUGGGAUCUUCCAACAAGAAGGGAAUUUAACCAAAUCUAUGCAUGCACCUAAAGGAGCAUCCUGUAGAACACUAAGCUAGUAGUAGUGCUGAAUUUUAGCCAGAUCUCUGCAAGGCUUGAUUUGAGUAUGCAUAACAUUGAGCGAAUAUGCAGGACUUCUUUGUUAUAACUGCAAGAUCCUGACUAGGUUUUUAUCCCAAAGCACACUUAAAGGCCCCGGUCUUUUACUCGGCUUGGAGAAUAAUGGAUCUUUGGGGGAAAUGCAAAGAUCCGCGUUGUCUUUUUGGACCCACACUAGUCACUCGCAGCCAUCUGCGAGGUGUCAGCAGAUACCUGGUCAUCUAUGUUUUGUUUUACUUCGUACUUUUCACUCACGCCUCCCCUGGGAAACCGUGUGACAAGAACUGUCUCUCUGGGAAAUGUAUUAACGGAUCCUGCAUCUGUGAUCGAGGAUGGGUUGGAGAUCAGUGCCAGCACUGCCAAGGGAGAUUCAAGUUGACUGACCCCUCGGGAUACCUCACUGAUGGUCCAAUCAACUACAAGUACAAAACAAAGUGUACUUGGCUUAUUGAGGGCUAUUCAAAUGCAGUUCUUCGGUUAAGAUUUAACCACUUUGCCACAGAAUGUGGUUGGGAUCAUAUGUACGUCUAUGAUGGUGAUUCAGUAUAUGCUCCCCUGGUUGCUGUUUUCAGCGGUCUCAUUGUGCCAGAGGUCAGAGGAAAUGAAACCGUUCCUGAGGUUGAGACAACUUCAGGCUACGCACUGCUACACUUUUUCAGUGAUGCUGCCUAUAACCUGACAGGAUUUGAAAUAUUUUACUCGAUCAACUCGUGUCCUAACAACUGCUCUGGACAUGGGAAGUGCACCACCGGGAACUCCAUCGCCAGCAGAGUGUACUGUGAAUGCGACAAGUACUGGAAAGGCGAGGCCUGCAACAUCCCCUACUGCAGGAACAACUGCGGCAGCCCUGACCACGGCUACUGUGACCUCACCGGGGAAAAGUUGUGUGUCUGUAAUGACAGUUGGCAAGGCCCUGACUGCUCUCUGACUGUUCCUUCAACCGAGUCCUUCUGGGUCUUACCCAGUGUAAAGCCCUUUGGCACAUCACUCGCCCGAGCUUCCCAUAAGGCUGUGGUGCAAGAAAAGGUCAUGUGGGUGGUUGGAGGGUACACGUUCAACUACAGCUCCUUCCAGAUGAUUCUCAACUACAACAUGGAGAGUGGCAUCUGGAACACAGUUCCCAUCAAUAGUGGCCCUGUGCCAAGAUACGGUCACUCGGUUGCUGCGUACCAGGAUGAUCUCUAUAUGUUUGGUGGGAAACUGGAGGCCGGCUUGGGUAAUGUGACAGAUGAGCUGUGGGUGUUCAAUGUACCUGGUCGGACAUGGCAGCGGAAAAGUCCCGUAAUUGGCCCACCUGCCCAGGCUCAAAUUUAUGCUGUGGAAGGCCACUCAGCCCAUUGUGUUCUGCUACACAGUGGCGAGGCCAUUAUGCUGGUGAUUUUUGGCUACUCUCCCAUCUACAGCUACAUCAGCAAUGUUCAGGAAUACAACUUAAAGACCAACACAUGGUUGGUACCUGAGACCAAAGGUGCCAUGCCACAGGGUGGUUACGGCCACAGCAGCACCUAUGACAUUGCCAGUGACAGUAUCUAUGUCCAUGGUGGUUACAAGGCGCUGCCUGCCAACAAAUAUGGCCUUGUUGAUGACCUCUACCGCUACGAUGUCAACACACGGACCUGGUUCAUCCUGAAAGAGAGCAGUUUUCCACGAUACCUGCACUCGGCUGUGCUCCUCAGUGGAACCCUGCUCAUCUUUGGAGGCAACACACACAACGACACGUCACUUAGCAACGGAGCAAAGUGUUUUUCUGCUGACUUCCUCGCCUAUGAUAUCGCCUGUGAUGAGUGGACACUCCUGCCAAAGCCAGAUCUGCACAGAGACGUCAACCGCUUUGGUCACUCCGCCGUGGUCAGCAACGGGUCCAUGUAUGUUUUCGGGGGCUUCUCCAGUGUGUUGCUCAACGACGUGCUUGUUUACCGACCCCUGAGCUGCCAGGCCUUCUCUUCAGAGGAGCGGUGUGUAAAAGCUGGACCUGGUGUCCGCUGUGUCUGGAUCAGAGCCCGCUGUCUCCCAUGGGAGCCCAGCGCAGGCACAGGCAGCCUCACUCCCGCCCCGUUCUGUCCGCCGAAAGCUGUCACUGUAGAUGAACGCUGUUACCGUUUCUCUGACUGUGCAAGCUGUACAGCCAACACCAACGGGUGCCAGUGGUGUGAUGACAAGAAGUGCCUCUCUGCCUCCAGCAACUGUACCUCUAACAUCAAGGACUUUACUAAGUGUCCAGUGCGGAAUGAGCAGGUGUGCAGCAAGCUGGCAAACUGCAAAAGCUGUUCCUUGAAUCUCAACUGUCAGUGGGACCAGAACCAGUCGGAGUGCCAUGCAUUGCCCGCUCAGCAGUGCAGUGAGGGCUGGAGCCAGGUAGGCGAGACCUGCCUGAGGAUCAACUCGAGCCGUGAGAGUUUUGACAACGCCCAGCACUAUUGCAAGAACCUCAACGGCAACAUCGCUUCACUCACUACCGCCAAACAAGUGGACUUUGUGCUUGAAGAGUUAAAGAAGCUCCAGCAACAAGAAAAGCAGCUAUCUCCCUGGGUCGGCCUGAGGAAAAUCAACAUUUCAUAUUGGGGUUGGGAGGAUAUGUCUCCUUUCACAAAUGGCAGUCUGCGCUGGCUGCCUGGUGAGCCCAGUGACUCUGGAUUCUGUGCCUACCUGGAGGAGCCCCAAGUGUCAGGCCUGAGAGCCAACCCGUGCACCGCCACAGCGCGUGGCCUGAUCUGUGAAAAAGCUGCUGGCAACCGUAAUCAAAGUGCUCGUCCAUCUUGUAAGAAGCCUUGCUCACUGCAUACUAACUGUGCCAACUGUACCAGCCAGGCCAUGGAGUGCAUGUGGUGCGGCAGUGCACAACGCUGUGUCGACUCCACUGCGUAUGUCAUCUCAUUUCCUUAUGGCCAGUGUCUGGAGUGGCAGACUGGCGAUUGUGUGGCCCAGAACUGUUCAGGUGUAAAGACGUGUGCCCAGUGCUUAGAGCAGCCUGAAUGUGGCUGGUGCGGAGAUCCCAGUAACACAGGAAGAGGCCUGUGUAUGGAGGGAUCCUACCGGGGACCCAUGAAGAGACCAGCCAAGCAGAGCCAGCAGAGCUACACCCACGAUAUGAGCCUGGACCCAGGCAGCUGCCCCAAAGACAAGGGCUACGAGUGGGCCUUCAUUCACUGCCCUGCAUGCCAGUGCAAUGGCCACAGCACGUGUGUGAACGGCAGCAUGUGUGAACAGUGCCGGAACCUGACCACCGGACCUCACUGCCAGACCUGCAUGCCUGGUUACCAUGGAGACCCCACCAAUGGCGGCAAAUGCCAGGCCUGUAAAUGUAACGGCCAUGCAAGCGUGUGCCAGGUGCUAACUGGGAAGUGUUUCUGCACUACCAAGGGAAUCAAAGGAGACCAGUGCCAACUAUGUGACUCAGAAAACCGUUACCUUGGCAAUCCACUCAGAGGAACCUGUUACUAUAAUCUGCUCAUCGACUAUCAGUUCACCUUCAGUUUGGUCCAGGAAGAUGAUCAUCACUAUACAGCCAUUAACUUCAUGGCCUCACCUGAACAGGCCAACAAGAACUUGGACAUGUCCAUUAAUGCGUCCAACAACUUCAACCUCAAUGUCACCUGGUCGGUGGGAUCAACAGCUGGAACCAUCUCUGGAGAGGAAGUGCCCAUCGUGUCCAAAACUAACAUCAAGGAAUACAGAGACAGUUUCUCUUGUGAGAAGUUCACCUUUCGGAGCAACCCCAAUAUUACGUUUUACGUCUAUGUCAGCAACUUCUCAUGGCCCAUCAAGAUCCAGAUUGCAUUCUCUCAACACAACAGCAUAAUGGACCUUGUCCAGUUCUUUGUGACUUUUUUCAGUUGCUUUCUCUCACUACUUCUGGUGGCCGCAGUGGUGUGGAAGAUCAAACAGACCUGCUGGGCUUCACGGCGGAGAGAACAGUUGAUGAGGGAGCGUCAACAGAUGGCCAGUCGUCCAUUUGCCUCUGUCACUGUUGCACUCAAUGCCAGAGGGGAACAAACGGAGGUGUUGCCGCUUGUGGUUGAUGGCGUGCCCAAACCAGUGGCGAUGGAGCCUUGUUCAGGAGGGAAAGCUGCUGUGUUAACUGUGCUCAUGCGUCUUCCCUCUGGUCCCUGUGGUUUACCUCCUCCAGGCCAAUCAGGGCUCAUUGUUGCCAGUUCUCUGAUAGACAUUUCCCAACAGAAACCAACAGAUUUUAAGGACAAGUCGCAGGCUUUAAAGAAUCGAAAGGCCAUUCCUCCGGCGCACCAAGGCACCUGUGUCUGAGUCCGAGUCUCAGCCCGAUCCUUCAUCGGGUCUCUUAUAUACUGUCAAACUUCUAACUGGCUCAACUUGUCCCUUGUUCUGAGGUGAGAGCCGACUCCAUACUGAAGAUUUAAUUUGGCUGCGACCACUCAAAUUAUUUUGAAUCUUGCCAAACCCGGCAGAAAAAGUGUCCAUGUCUGUAACUGUACUUCAUUUAUAUCAAAUGAAGAGACAUCCAUCUCACUCUACAUGUCCUGGUCCCAAACCUGUCUGGAUCACUGUGGACAGUCAUCCCGGUGUUGGUACCGAAGGUCUGAUCAGUGGUUAGCGAUGACAUCAAAGACAGAUAAUGAGGAAGAAGUGCACCUGUUCACCCUUUCACCAAACAUCGUCCAUUUGCUCAGCAUGGGAGAAAAAAGUAAAGCUGUCUGUCUGUGAGUUGACCGGUUAAUGGACGUCCCGCUGCCCGUCUCUGUUCGUCCGUCUUUUUGCGUUCCAACAGCUUGUGCUAUUUAUGGUGCUAAAAGCAUUUCAUUUUAUAACAAACCUGAACCUUAGCACAGCCUCGAUGAUUUCUUUUUGUUUGUUUUUUUCUUUUCUUUUAAACACUUCAUGACCACGCCAGUUUUUUAGGAUCGUGUUUUGUCGCACCACAUGUACAUGUGAUCCACGCAGCUGAAGUCUGUAUUUUCUGUGGAAUGCAUAAAUAAAUGCUGCAGAGAAACGACCAGCAAAAGUACGAACAAAUCUAAAGUGUGGAAAGUCUCCACCGCAUGUGGAGGUUCUGUUUUUUUAGAUACAGUCUGAUAAUACGGAGAAGUUGAAGUUCUAAACUGCACUUUGUUCUCUUGUCAUUUUGCCAAUGCCACUUAGACGUGCGGUGUUUGAACUUGCCCUUGGAUUUUUCCGGCGACGGCUGGAGAAAUGAGUUAGAACAGGGACGGACGUCUUGCUCCUCUGGCUGUUUGUCUGCAAAGCGAUUUUUCUUUUUCUGUCCAAUUUAUUUUUUUUAUGAAGAGUUCUCUUAAGCUAUGACUUAGUGUUUUUUGUUUGUUUGUUUGUUUGUUUUUGAGUGCAAGGAUUCUUUUACCUUUUCUGACACAUUGGCUUUCCAUAAAUGUUUGACCUCCCGAGGACACGCCCGUUGUCAGGCACCAUCUCUGUCCCGCACUGUACAGCGUCUCAUCGGAACGAGCGCGAGUCUCCUUGUCACUCUUCAGAUGUUGUGUUUUGUCAGGUUUUUAUGACAGAACGGUGAGAGAUUAUAUUGUUUAUUUUAGGCCUUGUUACCUGUUAGUAUUAUAUCGAUGAUAAAUUGCCUUUUGCUACAUUUGUGAAAAGAACAUUUCUGUUAAUAUUUUGUUUUCUUUUGAUAUUUAACAGAUUCCUGUGUAAUAAACGCAUUUAUGUUUUUCCACACUGACAUAAACCAGAUUUUUAUUUUUUUUUGAUUUGUGCAUCUCUAAGGACUAUACGGGCAUUGUGGUGCUCCCCCCGAAACCACCACCACUACCAACAACAACAAAAAUUAUGAUUUCAUGACUUUAUUAUGCCAGCUAAUGUGAUUUUAUUUUUGUGUUUUGUAGAGUAAUCCUGUAACGGUGUCUUUACGCAGGAUUCAGGGCCUCAUUGUCAUGUGGAAAAAAUAUGAAAUGCAUAUCAGUAAACUUCAGUGUAUUUUAAAGAUUGACAACACGUCAGAACAAUAAAAAGAAAAAGGAAA